AUGACCCGUGCCGGGAUUUACCGGAGCGGUACACCCGACUCGGAGACAUCCCCCGGAAGCGACGGCAGCGGCCGCGGCGGAGGAGGAACAACCGCCGCCAUGAGAGUGAUUGUGCCUUUACAAGGAGUGGUUCAAGGCCGUGGUGGUUUAGUUCUGGGCUCUGUGAUACCUUGUGCUGUCUUCUACUUUCUCCAAUUCUACCUGAAACGAAACCGUAGAGACGAACCCAACCCGAAUAGUCAGAACUCAGCCUCCUCUCCGGGGUCGGAACCCAACAACUCGGAUUCCUCGAGUCCGACUCAGUCGGAGCAUAUUGGCUUGUCUCGGUCUCUCUCUCGGGUCAUUCUCUCGCCGAGAAAUUCCGGCGGUCACGUUUCGGUUUCGGGUCGGGCGAAUAGUAUCCUUAAAGGUGGGGAUUCGCCGUACUACGCGGGGCAGAAACGGGUCGAGGAAGAUCCGUAUGACGAGUCGGGUAACCCGGAUGGUAUCAUCGAGCUUGGUUCAGCUCAGAACAAGUUGAGCUUGGAUGUUAGCGAAAAUUGGAUUUCUGAGAAUUCAGAGGAAAGAAUUUCAAUUGGACUGAGCCUAAGUGGGAUUGCUUCUUAUGAACCCUCUGAUGGACUCAUGGAGCUCAAAAUGGUUGUGGCAAGGCUCAUGUCUACAGCAACCAAAAACGCUGUUUCCUUUGAUCCAUCGCAGCUAGUGUUAACUUCUGGUGCAGCAUCAGCAAUGGAGAUUCUUUCCUUCUGCUUAGCCGAUUCUGGAAACGCCUUCCUUGUUCCAACGCCAUGUUCCCCAAGAUUCGAUGUGGAUGUUAAAUGGCGAACCGGAGUUGAAACCAUACACGUUCCUUGCAGAAGCUCCGACGGUUUCAACAUAUCCGUGACUGCGCUUGAUCGGAGUUUCUCUCAAGCCAAGAAACGCGGCGUGAGAAUCCGCGGCAUCAUAAUCUCAAACCCUUCUAAUCCCAUGGGAAGUCUCUUGAGCAGAGAAACUCUCUACGCUCUUUUGGACUUUGCGCGCGAAAAGAACAUUCAUAUAAUCUCCAACGAGAUCUUCGCUGGUUCGAUCCACGGAGAUGAAGAAGAAGAAGCAGAGUUUGUCAGCAUAGCUGAGAUAGCAGACACUGAAGAGUUUCUCGACAAGGAAAGAGUUCACAUCGUGUACGAUCUUUCAAAAGACUUGUCUUGUCCAGGGCUUAGAACCGGCGCUAUUUACUCCUUCAACGAGAACGUUCUUGCAGCUUCAAGAAAGCUCACAACGCUCUCACCAGUCUCAUCACCGUCUCAGCAUUUGCUCAUUUCAGCAAUCUCCAAACCGGAGUUUAUUGAAACGUAUGUGAGAACCAACAGGCAGAGACUAAAGAGAACCUACUCUGAGUUUGUGAAUGGAUUGAAAGAGUUGGGAAUCGAAUGCACGAGAAGCCACGGAGGAUUGUUUUGUUGGGCGGAUAUGAGAGGAUUGAUCUCUUCUUACAGCGAGAAAGGUGAGAUGGAGCUUUGGAACAAGUUCUUGAACAUUGGUAAGAUCAAUGUAACACCAGGAUCUUGCUGUCACUGUAUUGAACCGGGAUGGUUUAGAUUCUGUUUCAGUAAUUUGUCUGAGAAAGAUGUGAUUGUAGUCAUGAACCGUAUCAGAAAAGUUUUAUUCAACAUGUAA